AUGGAAGCAACUCUUGUCACCCUCUCCCAACUGGCAAGAGGCUUGUUUUCUGGCUGGGAACUCUUGCGGGAAGCCAAAUGGACCCCCAGGCAGCCCCCGGACACGGACAACCCAGGUGUGGCCAAGAAGACCAAGAUGCUCACACUAUGGUGCCUCCCCAUCUUCUGUGGGUUGCUGACCCCGCUGCAAAGCCAGCAGCUCCCAACAGAUGCUGUCAUCAGGGUCAAUAAGGGUGUGCUGCACAAUGCCAGUGGUGUGAAGAGGGAGCAGGGCAAUGAGCAGAGUGAUGCUGUUGUGUUGUGCUCUGGCAAUUACAAGGAAGGGACCUGGAGGAGGAGGAGGAGGAGGAGGAGGAGGAGGAUCUCCGUCUGGUGCAUGAUGCUUAUUAGAAGCCUCAGCAACAGCAGCACCAUUCCUGCAAGAGGAAUUCUUGGCAGAGGUGGUGGUCUCCUUGGCAACGGAGGCCUGCUGGGCAAUGGGGGCCUACUUGGCGGAGGUGGAGUCCUUGGCAUCCUUGGGCAAGGAGGCUUGCUGAGCACAGUCCAGGGGCUCACAGGGUUACGAAUUGUAGAAAUGACCCUUCCCAGGAUCAGCCUAAGACUCUUACCUGGAAUUGGAGUCCACUUGGAUUUAUACACCAGGGUAGCACUCAAUGGUAAGAGCCUCCUUGGUUUGCUUGAUGUCGCAGUGGAGGUGAACCUCACGGCAAUUGUCCGCCUGACGAUGGAUGGCACCGGCUACCCCAAGCUGGUGAUUGAUCGCUGCGAUGGCCUCCUGGGAGGCAUUAAGAUCAGACUCCUAAGAGGCCUGCUCCCUAUUGUGGACAAUUUAUUAGCACGUGUCCUGAACAGGCUCCUUCCUGAACUGCUUUGCCCUGUCAUAGAUGUUGUCCUGGGGCUUGUCAACGAACAGUUGGGACUUGUGAACUCUCUAGUUCCUCUGGGCAUAUUGGGGAGUGUCCAGUACACGGUCUCUAGCCUUCCGCUAGUCACAGGACAUUUCCUGGAAGUCGAUUUAAACACGGUUGUUGGGCAGGUGGCUGGCCCCCUCCUUGACUAUCCAUUGGGCAAACCAGAAGCCCCCCCUUUGCCCCCAAGGGUCCCGAUGCCUCCAAUGCCUCCAAUGGCCGAUAACACCAAUUCCCAGCUUGGACUCUCUGUCAACUUCCUCAGCUCCGUAGUGGCCGUCCUGCAGAAACAAGAGGCUUUGGACAUCGACAUUUCUGAUGGGAUGUUCCCUGAGCUCCCUCCUCUGACAACAUCCACUCUUGGAGCUCUGAUCCCUUCGGUGUUCCAGAUGUUCCCAGAGCCACGGCCUCUCCUUCUCAAGGUGUCUGUCCCUGAGGUGCCUUCCGUGAAACUGCAGAAAGACAAGGGCCUAAUCGAACUCACUGCUCGCGCUGAAAUCCUGGCAUCCAAGGAAAACGGCGCUUACCAGAGUCUCUGUGUCAUGAACAUUGCAUCUUCUUUGCUUGCCAAAUUUACUGUCGAAGACAACAAGCUGAAAAUCAGUGUCAACCUGGAAAAGACCCACCUCACGCUGGCUUCUUCAAACGUUGGGAAAUUCGACGUGUCACUCAUGGAGGGGCUGGUGGGCAAGGUUUUUGAAGUCGCGUUCCUUCCAGCAAUGAACAGUGUGUUAGGAGGGGGCAUCCCUCUUCCCCAGCUGCUGGAUAUCGACUUUGACAACGCGGAUGUUGAUGUCAUUGAAAAUCUGCUUGUGUUGUCCGCAUGAGCCAACGAAGGGACAGAGUGACCGGCCGGGGCAGCAGGACCAGCCGCGCCGUGGUCCGGAGCAGGGUCCUGCACAGCACUGCCCUCUGAGCCUGUCCUGUGCAGUCGGGCCUCCCUCCCUCUAGCAGACACCAACUUGAUUUCAAUUGCAGAUGGACUCGAAGUGGAGGUUGCUUCCUUUCAUUAAUCAGACCACGGCAUUUUCUGUGUCCACUAAGCUUCACUCCAGCUGUGUUAAUUUUCAAGACAGCAUUCACACACAGAGAGAGAUGGUGUUUAUUGCGUUAUUCUUUUUAAUAAAGGUUUCUGCUUCUACUGCA